AUGGAAGCAAUACUGAGUCAAUUGCAAGAUUUUGCGGGCAAGGCUGACGAGGCUGGGCGUGUUCGGCUGGUUCAGAGUCUCCAGGGUCUGCAGAUCCAAUGGGAAUCUCCUCAAGACACAUUUUUGAGAUUGUACAAUUCACAAUUGGAGCUCGCUAUCAUCUAUGUCGGAGCAGAAUUGGGAUUAUUCGCCGAGCUCGCAAAGGAGAACACAAAACCUCUGACGGUAACUCAAUUGGUAGAACGUUCGGGAGGAUCUCCUGCACUUCUUGGUAGCCGAUCAACCAUUGACCUUUAUUUGGGCUACAUGACAAACCCCAGACCAAAUGAAUACCAAGCAAACAAAUUGACCCAUGUUUGUGCACACCCUGUUAUAAAGCCUGGCAUGGUCCAUGCCUUCGACAUUCUGGGCCCUGCCAUCCAGGCAUCUCCAUCUUUUCUUGCAGAAUCAAAAUACCAGGACAUCACAGACGGCCGGAACACCCCAUUCCAAAAAGCUUUCAAGACUGACCUCGGAGCAUUCGAGUAUAUCUCGAAGCAGCCAAAGAUGUUCACCUGUAUGCAGCAGGUGAUGACCAUGAUGCAAGGAAGUGAGUGGCUUGUGGACUUCAAGAUCCUUGACGAUGCGGCUGCCGCCGUUGGAAAUCAGCUCAGCCCACAAGAUUUCGAAAGACCUUUCUUCGUGGACGUAGGAGGUGGCCAUGGUCAUCAACUGGUGCAGCUGAGAGACAAACAUCCUCAACUCAAGGGGAGGCUUAUUCUGGAAGACUUGGCUGAAUCUGUCAAGCAACUUCCAGAGAUCGAAGGCGUGAAAACAGUGGUACAAGAUUUUUUCGACAAACAGAACAUCGAAGGUGCUCAAUUCUACUAUAUCCGACAUUGUCUGCAUGAUUGGCCAGAUGCAGACUGCAUCAAGAUCCUGCAAAAUCUCGCAGCCUCCCUUCGCGAUGAUUCACACAUCUUGAUCGAUGAGAUCGUCCUUCCAGAUGUGAACGCACAUUGGCAUGCGACAAUGAGAGACGUGACCAUGAAUCUGACAUUUGGCGGCAAAGAGCGAACGAGGAGUCAAUGGGAAUCGCUGAUUGAGCAGGCUGGCCUGCACCUGCUUCAUUUCCAUGAUUAUAGUACCACUCAAGCUGAAUCAGUGAUAGUCGUAACACUUCCGAGAAAGAAGCUCGAUGAAUAG